AUGGUUUAUGCAGGUACGAAUACAUUGACUGAUAUGGGAUUAGUUCAAAUUUUCGAUUACGAGAUGGAAUACUGCAAUUAUCAAAUUUCAGGCUUAAUCACCUCAAUAUCACUGACAAUAUCGGUUGUGGUUUCGUAUGUUAUCGCGCUCGUGGUAUUUUUGGUGCUACCAAUGGUGAGUCAUUGCCUCUAUGAACGCCACAUUCGAAUGGUGAACACAACGAAUGCAAAGCACACGCUCAGUGCUCGUUACCAACUCUCAACGAACGUCUCAGAUGCAAAACUACUCAACAAAAUCGUUCUGUUCAUGUGCAUCACCUCACUCACCAGUCUGUCGUUAUUCUCGUUGAGCAAUUACAUCAACGGCGCUUAUUCUGCGAGAGUCAUCUACGAGUUCUUCAAUUUAUCAAUCACGUUACAGCCAAUGAUCUUAUGUUUCGUGAUGUUCCGGAGCAAGGAUCGUCUCCAUCGCGAACUCUGCCGUAUGUUGUGCUGCAUUAAGAAGAAACGUAUCGAUUUCAUUCCAAAGGCAGUGGAUGGUCGUGUUCUUGUGAUACCGGUCAAAGAUGAACGACGUCUUUACUUCGACAUGUACGACCGAUAUUGGCGAUGA